AUGGAAGAAAAUAUGAUAACUCAUGGUCGCAGCAGACGUAAUGGACAAAUGAUUACUAAUUUUCAUCACUAUCGUGUUGAAAUUUUUUGUCAGGUUCUUGAUAUGAUGGUUCAAGAGAUGAAUAAUCGAUUUUCAGAAUCAAGUACGGAGGUACUUACUUGCAUUGCUUGCUUAGAUCCAAAGGACUCUUUUUCUCAAUUUGAUAUUGGUAAGCUACUUCACCUUGCUGAACUUUAUCCGGAGGACUUUUCAUUGACUGAUCGUGUAAUAUUUGAGGACCAACUUGAGACUUACAUUCAAAAUGUACGAGAUGAAUUUUCUAUGAUUGAAGAUUUGGGAAGUCUUGCUAAAAAGAUGGUUGAAACGGGCAAGAAUACAAUUUUUUCAUUGGUAUAUCGUUUGAUCGAGUUAGCAUUAGUUUUACCAGUUGCAACUGCUUCUGUUGAAAGAGUUUUUUCUGCGAUGAAAAUUAUUAAGACUAAUUUGCAUAAUAGGAUGGGGGAUGAGUGGAUGAAUGACAGUUUGGUAGUAUACAUCGAGAAGGAUAUUUUUGCUACAAUUGAAAAUGAGCAAAUUUUACAAUAUUUUCAACAGAUGAACACUCGUAGGAUCCAGUUGCCUCCUCUUAUUCGUAACCUCCUCCCCAAAGCUGCAAUGGUGGUGAACCAGAGCAGCGAAAAGCGGCAAGAGAAGAUCGGCUGGUGCCGUGAUGAAGAGACACCAAGAGUCGGCGGUCUAGAGCACAGGGACGGCGAAACUGGGUUAGAUCUGGUGGCCGGCGACAGUGCUAGGGCACAACGCGUUCUUGCCGACGAGGGAAAGAACAGAGAUCAAUACCAGAUAAGCAGUGCUCAGGUGGCGCUCAACAGCUUGGAGUGA